GUAAUGCUCGCCAGACUGGAUGGGUUUACAAUCGGUUGAUCAGGGUUCAGCAGUUCAAACAGAAUUGAUUUUUACGGCGAUUGUAAUUCGGAUUUCGAUGGAAUUUUCACGCAAGGCCAAGGACGAAGAAGAUUCGUAGUUUAUGAAAAUACGGGAUGUAUCCACCUGAACUGACAUACGUGUCAAUAUUUUAGCGCCAGUGCCUUAUUGAUAUCUGUCUGGCGUCUGUUUACGUCGUUACGUUACGUUUGAGCGAUGCCGUACGUCGUAAACGACCGGAAUUGUGGGC